AUGAAGUUCAAUCCCUUCAUGAACUCGGACCGCAGCAAAAACUGCAAACGUCACUUCAAUGCCCCCUUGCACGUGCACAGGAAGAUCAUGUCAUCCCUGCUCUCCAAGGAGCUGUGGCAGAAGUACAAUGUCCGCUCCACGCCCAUCCGCAAGGAUGACGAGGUCCAGGUAGUUCAAGGACACUACAAAGGUCAGCAAAUUGGCAAGGUAGUCCAGGUGUACAGAAAGAAAGAUGUCAUCUACAUCGAGUGGGUGCAGCAUGAGCAGGCCAACAGCACAACCGUCCAUGUGGGUACUCACCCAAGCAGGGUGGUUAUCACCAGGCUAAAUCUCAACAAGGAUCGGAAAAAAAUUAUUGAACACAAAGCCAAGUCUUGACAAGUCAGAAAAGAGAAAGGCAAAUAUAAGG